UUCAUUAUUUAAUAUUUACCUCAGUUGUUGUGUUUGGGGUCAUGAGCACUAAGUACACUGCACCGACAAGCAGACCGGCGGUUGCACUUGCACCAGCCGAAAGCAACAGUAAUAAUACGUCUGAUAUUACAAAAGUAAAGCUUUGCUCUGGACAUACACGUCCUGUUUGCCAUAUAAAUUACAGUGAAAUCAUUAACGGGACCUUUUGGUUUGUAACUUCCUGCCACGAUGCAAAGCCGAUGCUACGCAAUGGGCAAACUGGGGACUGGGUAGGCACCUUUGAAGGUCAUAAAGGGGCCGUGUUUUGUUCUGCCUUUAAUAAUGCCGCCACGUGCUUAGUUACCGGUAGUGGUGAUUACUCUGCUAUGGUGUGGGAUGCGAUUAAUGGGCACAAGUUGCACUCCUGGAAUCAUCCUAAAUACAUCAAGUCUUGCGAUUGGAUGGAGAAUAAAAUUGCCACUGGUUGCUUUGAUGGAGUAAUUCGUAUCUACGACGCGAAUAAGUAUGAUGCGGAUCCGGUUUCUUUCGGAGAACCGGACGCUACUAAUGUCAAAGCCACCUAUUUUAUUGAUCCUAACACCAUGGUGACAUCGUGUGAAAAUACUAUUCUAAAAUGGGAUUUGCGUGAUGUCUCAGCUCCGUACUUGCGUCUUGAGAUUCCCCGCCUGAACUUUCUGGAGUACACCCAUCGUCAUUCCAUAGUUGCUGCCCAUGAGAAGAGCAUCAGCUUUAUUGAUACAACCUCCUUGGAGAUUAAAAAUAGCUUCACCACUAGCGAAGGUGUGGAGUGUGCUUCGCUUUCACCUAAUGGGCAAAAUGUAGCGGCAGGGUCAAAGUUGAAGGCGAAGGAGUUUUCUAUUGAUGGGACGGAACUAGAAUCUAACCGUGGGCACCAUGGUCCGAUUUUUCAUAUCCGUUGGGCUCCUGAUGGAAACUCGUAUGCAACCGGCGCAGAGGAUGGAAUGGUGCGUGUUUGGCCAUCUCACGAGAUCAUUGAAAAGUAUGAGAAUGUUUCGUAGGGUUUGAAAUUCUAAAAUUUCCAUCUUUUUAUGCAUUAGAAGGGAAGGAUAUCUGAAAAAGAAGAAACAGAAAUCAAAAGCAUGCAAGACAAAAAAAAUCAAAUGCACACCCAUUUUGUCCUUAACUGUUGAAUCCAAUAUUAUUUGGAGGAGCAAGCGCUGACGAAAAUAAAUUUUAAAGGUAAAUGGGUAAGUAAAGUCUAAAUGCUUCCUUCUAAAACCUAGUGUUUUAGUAUUAACAAUAACGAUGGUAAUUAGAAAUGAUCUAGAGAUGUGAAAAGUUUCUUUUCGCUAAACGUGCCAUCGACUUUUAAAAUUAUGAAAUGCUAUUCUGUUCUAAUUCGCAUUUUUUCACAUUUUUGAGAUUUAUCCUUAUUUUUCUUGAUAGUUACAAAGGCACCAUUUGCUUGCUUCUCAUAUAAAGAACCUUUUCUCCACAGUCAUGUCAUCCCCUGAAUUUCGAAACUUCGCCCCUGCCGUUAACGGCAACCCUCAAAAAAAGCUCCCCUCUCAAGUGCUUUCCAAGAAGGCGCCCCCUAAAAAGUCAUCUCCCAAGAAGGCAUCCCCUAAAAAGUCAUCACCCAAGAAGGCGUCUCCGAAGAAGGUUGCAGCUAAGAAAGCUUCUGUAAAGAAGGCAGCCGCAGGGUUUGCUGCCAAAAAGGUUGCUGCCAAGAAGGUUGUUUCCAAGAAGGCAUCUCCCAAGAAGGUUGGUGCCAAGAAGGUUGUUGGCAAAAAGGCAUCCCCCAGGAAGAAUGUUGCCAAAAAGGCACCUGUCAAGAAGGCUGCUAAAGUAUGAGAUGGUACCUCCUGUGGGACUUUGAAUAGAUUAUGAUUAGACCUAAUCUAUCAUAAUCUAUGACUACUGAAAAACGGUAGCAUUUUAUUCAGAUGUCUACCAUUUUUCAAAAUCAUAGAGAACCUUUUUUUAUUUAUUUUUACCCUUUUUUAUCUGAAAAUUACUCAAUAUCUGUUAUGUUUCUUACCCUUUUUAUUUUCAGUAUUCCAAUAAUUACUUAUAUUUAUUUCAACUCGGAAAAUAAAUGGGAAAUGAUAUCAUCAGAAAUUACUAAUAUAUAUAUCUUUUUUAUUAUUGAAAA